GUUGCUCACAUAACCUACACCACCGCCUGAGGGCUUCCACAUCCUUGGUCUCUUCAGACUUUCAUCCCCACCACAAUUACUCCAAUAAAUUACUGUCAUCCCCAAAUCUAUAACUGGAAACUGAGGCUCAGGAAGGAGACACGACUUCUACAAAAUCACAAAGUUGGGAAACCUGGAAUCUGGACUCAAUUGAUCUGCAAACGGAACUCUCAGAGACUUCACUCCGAGGUCAGAUUCUCAGGCCAGGUCCUGAAGUUUGCGACCUUGGCGAAAUGCGCUUUCCUUGACUCAGCACCCGCGGGUGAGGCGGAGCCAAGCCCUGAGCAGAAGAGUUUUCUUCCCAGCUGAAGAGACAGCUCAGCCUAGACCCCAGGCCUGGCACUGGACACCCCUGCUGCGGAAACGUGCAGAUUGAGAUGGACAGGAUUCCUAACCCGCGCAGGAUCCGAGUUUGGAGAGAUUGGCGCGGAGCUUUAGCAGCAAUUCCCGAUUCCUGUAUAGCCGCAACUGGGUUUCUAAGCUUCUAGGGAAGAAGGACUGGGCCCAAGAGCCCCUGAGCAACCCCCAGCUCUGUGCCCCCAGUGACUUGCCUCUCUCCAAAUCUCUCGCGACCUGAUUUCUACACCCGCUCUAACCCUGGGUCCCCCACAAAGCAGGGGACAGAAGAGUACUCAACGACAGCUCAGUGCCGGGGCUCCCGAGCGGCAGAAAGUUCCGGUCACCUCCUGCCGCUUGGGUUGGACGAAGCCAGGACCGUGCCGCGUCCCUGCCAGGAUAUGGAGCUACUGUCACCACCGCUCCGCGAUGUAGACCUGACGGGCCCUGACGGCUCUCUCUGCUCCUUUGCCACAACGGACGACUUCUAUGACGACCCGUGUUUCGACUCCCCGGACCUGCGCUUCUUCGAGGACCUGGACCCGCGCCUGAUGCACGUGGGCGCGCUCCUGAAACCCGAAGAGCACUCACACUUCCCCGCGGCAGCGCACUCGGCCCCGGGCGCGCGUGAGGACGAGCAUGUGCGCGCGCCCAGCGGGCACCACCAGGCGGGCCGCUGCCUACUGUGGGCCUGCAAGGCGUGCAAGCGCAAGACCACCAACGCUGACCGCCGCAAGGCUGCCACCAUGCGCGAGCGGCGCCGCCUGAGCAAAGUAAAUGAGGCCUUUGAGACACUCAAGCGCUGCACGUCGAGCAACCCGAACCAGCGGUUGCCCAAGGUGGAGAUCCUGCGCAACGCCAUCCGCUAUAUCGAGGGCCUACAGGCUCUGCUGCGCGACCAGGACUCCGCCCCCCCUGGCGCAGCCGCCGCCUUCUACGCGCCGGGCCCUCUGCCCCCAGGCCGCAGCGGCGAGCACUACAGCGGCGACUCUGACGCGUCCAGUCCGCGCUCCAACUGCUCCGACGGCAUGAUGGACUACAGCGGCCCCCCGAGCGGAGCCCGGCGGCGGAACUGCUACGAAGGCGCCUACUACAGCGAGGCGCCCAGCGAACCCAGGCCCGGGAAGAAUGUGGCGGUGUCGAGCCUAGACUGCCUAUCCAGCAUCGUGGAGCGCAUCUCCACCGAGAGCCCUGCGGCGCCCGCGCUCCUGCUGGCCGAGGCGCCUCCGGAGUCGCCUCCGCGCGUGCCAGAGGCUGCCGCCCCCAGCGAGGGAGAGAGCGGCGACCCCACCCAGUCCCCGGACGCCGCCCCGCAGUGCCCUGCGGGUGCGAACCCCAACCCCAUCUACCAGGUGCUCUGAGGGGCGGGUGGCCACACACCCGCACGAGGGAUGGUGCCCCUAGGGUCCCUCGCGUCCAAAAGAUUGAGCUUAAAUGCCCCCUCCCAACAGCGCUUUAAAAGCGACCCUUCCCGAGGUGGGAGAGGCCAGAUAACUGAAGUUUUCCGCCCCCCCCGCCCCCCAGGGCAAGGACACAGCGCGGCUUUUUUCCGCACAGCACCCUUCCUGGAGCCCCAUUGCGAUGGCCGCUCAGUGUUCCUCGGUGGGCCAGGGCUGAAUCUUUAGGACUAGGUUCAGCUUUCUUGCGCCCUCCCCCAUGGGGGUGAGACCCUAGCAGACCUAAGCCCUGCUCCUGGAUGCAUCGGUCAUUUGAGGGGCGUGAGGCCCAGGUGCAUUCCCGUCCCAAUUGUAGCAGGUGUAACCGUAACCCACCCCACCCUCAUCUAGUUCCCCGGUUCAGGACCACUUUUUGUAAUACUUUUGUAAUCUAUUCCUGUAAAUAAGAGUUGCUUUGCCAGAGCAGGAGCCCCUAGGGCUGUAUUUAUCUCUGAGGCAUGGUGUGUGGUGCUACAGGGACUUUGUACGUUUAUACCGCAGGCGGGCGAGCCGCGGGCGCUCGCUCAGGUGUUCAAAAUAAAGACGCUAAUUUAUAC